AAAAUUAUAAAAUUACAUAUACAUGGCGACACUAUUGGGUAUUUGGGUGUGUUGGGUGUCGGGCGACAAGCGACAAGUCCGAUACAGUUUUGCAUUUUGCGACGGAGUAAUGUGUGAUCAAUGCUGUAAAAUGCGACGAGUUGCCUGAUAUUUCUCUUCCGACAAAGUGCAUUUGGGUGCGUCGUGGAAUGUCGUCUCGAUCCCGGGAUCGCAUUUCAUAAAGCCGGCCGAGAUCCCGGCACUUCCUUGCACUUCCUCCGGAGUUCCUCGUCGUUGCACAGUGCAUUACGUAUCGUCCGUGUCGCUCGCUAAUGCUCGCUCGUGGCGAGUGGUGGCGAGUGGGCGAGCAUUACGAGCAGGCGCAUCCGGGGACGACAAUAUCCGUGAACUUUUCGAGCACACGGUAUAACGAGACUUUCGGAGGCGCGUUUGCUAUUCUCACGCGACAAGGUAUUAGCGGGCAGAGCGAUCGAACGAGAGAGAAAAGUGCUCGAGGACGCCGCGCGGCGCUUUCCGCUUUCCGAGAAUUCGGAAUUCGGAGUUCGCUUCCGACUCUUCCGAGUGGCGUCAAAAGAAUCGGAAUCAGGAUUAUGGUUCUCACUGCAGUAGGUUAAGGCACAACUGGUUCGGAAUCCUGAACUUGCACGACGUCAAAUGAAAAUGAGCGGAGAGAUGUUCGAAGGGAAAGACUAUCCGACUCAAUGGGCGCUCAAUCCUUCCACUUAUCAAAACAUGAGUAACGAUCAAGUUGAUUGGGCAGCUCUAGCACAGCAGUGGAUAAAGAUGAAGGAGACUGUUGUACCACCAGCACCACCGCCACCCAGCAUAAAUCCUGUAUGUUCUGCAAAUGAUGGUAGUGGUGAGGCACCAAUGGACAUGGAUACCAAGGAUGACGAUGUGCCUCCUGCACCACCUGCACCAACCAUCAGUGGUUCUGAAGCCUGGACUCAGUGGAAUCAGUGGGGUCACUGGAACACCUCGACAUCUGGAACUGCGAAUUGGGAAUGGAGUGGCGUACCACCCCCAGGUGUUACUGUAGAUCCCGAUGGUAAACCAAUCGGACUUCCAGCUGUACCAGUUAUACCACCUGCGCCAACGAUAUCGACUACCACUGACUUUAACACACCUCCACCAGCACCGUCGCUGUACUCGUAUAAUUCGGUGCAACCUGGACCACCGUAUAAUCAGGUUACUAACUAUUGGUCUGGUGAGCCACCUAACACAGUAUCGCCACAGCCGCUUCCUUUCAUGAAGGGCAUUAGGCAUGCUAAUAGAGGACCUCAUAUGAGAGUGAUGGAUUCUGUUCGGUGUCGAGAUGACAGAGAAAAAACCCCAGAGGAGGAUACUACUACAACUAUAGACGCCGCAAAACGGAGACAGUUACCGGCGUGGAUUCGAGAAGGAUUAGAAAAAAUGGAGAAGGAAAAGCAAAAGGCCAUGGAGAGGGAGAGGCUAGAGAUGUUGAGGAAGCAAGAGUUAGAGGCUCGCAAGCAAGCAGAGGACGAGGCGCGCGCGGUGCUCAAUCCCGGCAAGAGUAAAUUUGAUUCGGAUUCGGAAAAGGAAACCGAGCAGGAUUUCGACGCGGGUAACGCACGUGGGCAGCAGUCUGUGGAAAGGAAUUACGAUCGCACCCCGGAUAUUAUCGUUCGGCCGCGAAAAUCGCGAUUCAGGGACGCUGAUUCGCCAGAAUCUCAUACAGGCCUUGAUGAGAGCCCGACUGCUGCGGUUAGUUCGAUCCCGAUCGUGCAAAAGCGAUCGCGAGAGGAAAUUUUAGAGGAUGUGAUGUUGAAAGUAAGGAGAUCGUUGACAGAAAUACUUCUGGAAGUGACGAAUGAAGAGAUUGGCGCGGUAUGCAGAGAGGUUUGGAGCCGCGCACGUGCCAAAGUCCCUGCAGGAGAGACCCCCGUCGCAUCCCUCAACAUGGCCCCUCUUGCUCAGAUCACUCGCGAAGGACUCGGUCUGAGCAUCUAUAACGACAGUAACAGCGAAUCCGAGGAGGAACAGAGCGAGCACACACAGGUACAGAACGACGACAGCGACGAGGAAUUGAAGGAAACGCUGAGACGGCGGCAGCAGGCGUUCCGCAAGACGGAGGAGGAGAUUGAGGCGCGACUGGCUGAAGAGGAGGAAGAGGAGGAACAGCGCAGCGAGGAGCAGUAUAGUAAUAAGCAACAGGAAAAUCAUACCGGUAAUACUAGCUGCCGGGACUCAGUUGAUGAAAAAGAAACGGUAGAUAAUCAAAGAGAAGCGUCCGAAACUUUGUCGAGCGGCGAUCAAAGUCCAGCGGUGGCGCCGCAGAAUGCGCCGGCGGCCGACGGCCAGAAGGCGGUCAAGACGGGCAGCUCCGUAUCGGGAUCCGCCGACUCUGAAUCGAGCAGCAGCGAGUCCACGAGCAGCUUGUCCGAAUCGAGUCGCGAGUCUAAGAAGCAUGAGAAACCGCGAAAUACGGGCAAACGGCAGUCACAGCAACGCGAUCAACAACAGCAGCAGCGCGAGCAUUACAAUCGACGGCGAAAGUCCAAGAGCAGAAGCAAGUCGCGGAGCGGCAGACGAUCCAGAUCGUCACGCUCGUCCGAACGUGGCUAUAAGCGGCAGUCCCGCUCGAGGUCGGCAAAAUCGCGCAAGGAUUACCGCUCACGAUCCUCGCGAUCCUCCAGUGAUCACAGAUCCGGGAGGAAGCGUCGCUCGCAGUCACCGCGCGACCGCAAACGUGCGAGAUCGCGCUCCCGUAGCAGCUAUCGACGCUCCAGAUCAACGUCCGCCGAUAGGAAAUGGUCCUCGCGAUCGCAUUCUCGCAGGUGGAAAUCCCGCUCGCGUUCCAGAGAGAGGCGACGAAGUAGCCGAUCGCGCAGCAAAUCAUCACGAGGAACAAAACGCGGGAGAUCACGCUCGAGAUCGCGCAGCCGUUCAAGGGAUCGUCGACGAUCGAGGUCCUAUGUUUCUGGGAGGAGCCAACGACGGUCCAGAUCGCGGGACCGAAGCAGAAAGUCACGAUCCAAAUCGAGCUAUCGCGAUGGUAAGAAGUCGUCACAUCGAUACAGGAAUUGAGGUCAGGACCUGCUCCUAGCCCAAGGUUGUAUAUUCAUUCUGAUCGUAGCUUUAACAGAAAAAAUACAGGAUAAAACAGUGAUAUUGUUCUUAACAAGUUUGCCGCUUGUUCAAACUAACAAGAAAUCUUAGAUUCUUUUUCUUUUUUUUUUGUUUGUUUGUGCGAAUCAGCUUUCGAUUUAUUGCAGCGCGAUUGUACGUGUUACGUGUAAAUGAUGCAAAAAUCUGUAGUAUUUUUUCUUUUUAUCAAUUCUCUUCUCUAUUCGCGAAUAUUAUUUUCAUGUAACAGAAUACGCAUGUAAGAUAACUACAAAUUAAUUGAACAUUUCUAUAUUUUCUUCUCUGUAUAGUUUUAUAUUAAUUAAAGUUUAUGUUGGAAAAGUUGAUCUAUGUAUAAAUAUAAUUUAUUAUUACACAAUAAAAAAAACAGUGAAAUUUUUGUUCAAUCUUUUGAGUGUCGAGUAAUGACAAUUUAUAUGCAAUAAAGAUAUUUAAUCACUUCAUAUAAAUUUUUUGUAGAUAUGUUAUUGUAAAGAUUUAUUAUUAGAUUUAGUUGUAAGAAAUGAAAAAUGAAUUAAAGGAAGUCGAAAUUUAUCAAGA